UUAAAAUUUCACCCUUCUAACCAUUUCUGGUGCGAAAAAUAAAUGAAAAAAAACACACCAGCAAUGGCGAAAUUGCAAAAUCUAACCCCAACAACAGGGAUCAACAAUCUUUCAGUUGUCUAAAGAGAACCUUUUGAUUCCAACCAAACUAUGCACCACAAACACAAUCCUGUUAGCGCCUUCACUUCCACUUUCACUUUCAGUUUGUUUUGUCUUGGUGUUUGUCUUUGACUUGCUUAGUUUCUUUGCUUCCUUAAAAACUCCUUCCUUACCAUGUUUUUCCAUAGCUUCUUAUAAAAACCAUAAAAAUAAAAAGGCUGUAACAUUUUCUUGAACUUUCUUUCAAAUUUCACAGCUUUAAGUUAAAAGUCUUUGUUGGAUACUUGUUAAAAACACAAACAAACUGAAAACUGUUACUGGGUUUGUUUUUUUUCUUUACUUCUUUUGUUUGGUUGCCAAGAAAAAUCCAAGAAGAGGAAGCGAAUGGUUUAUAUAAUAUAUAUAAACUCUAUCCAACUAAUCCAAAUAUAUGUGGACUUGGCUUAUUAUGGAUGCUUUUAUUUGUUUGUCUGUUUUCUUGGACACUGACGUCAAAAGAAGAAAAACUUGAGGUUGUGGUUUAAUUUUUAAGUCUUGUUUUUCUUCUGUUUUCAAGAGUUAUUGGCUUUUGAUGAUUGCUUUUGGAUUUUCAUCUUUUCUCUUAAUGACCGGGUAAUCUCUACUUCAGUUUGAUAAAAAAAAAACUUGCCUUGACUUUGACCAUUGCUUGAGCCUUGAUGGAGAAUACUGGAAGUGGUUCUUUUUUGAGGCACAGAAGAUUAGAGAGCUUCCUUGAUACAAAAUCUGGCCCAAAUGUGAGAGAAACUCCAAAAAUUUCUAGCAAAGAAGUAGCAAGACAAAAGCCAAAUACUGAUGAUUUUGUUGAUGAUGAUGGAUGGAUUUCUACAUUGAUAUCUUGUGUAAGGAUUGUUACAUGUUUCUUGACAAUGAUGGUCACAACAUUCAUUUGGGCAUUAAUCAUGGUCUUGCUCCUUCCUUGGCCUUCCCAGCGAAUUAAGCAAGGAAAUAUUUAUGGCCAUGUGACUGGUAGAUUGCUGAUGUGGAUCCUAGGAAAUCCUAUAAAGAUUGAAGGAAAAGAGUUCUCCAAUGAGAGAGCAAUUUAUAUCAGUAAUCAUGCUUCUCCCAUUGACAUUUUCCUCAUUAUGUGGUUGACCCCAACAGGGAGUGUUGGCAUUGCAAAGAAAGAGAUCAUAUGGUAUCCUCUAUUUGGACAGCUAUAUAUUUUAGCGAAUCAUCUCCGCAUUGAUCGUUCUAAACCUAGUACAGCCAUUCAGUCCAUGAAAGAGGCAGUUCAGGCUGUUAUAAACCACAACCUAUCUUUGAUUGUUUUUCCUGAGGGCACAAGGUCCAAAAAUGGACGACUUCUCCCCUUUAAAAAGGGUUUUGUUCAUCUAGCCUUGCAGUCUCGCCUUCCAAUAGUUCCAAUGGUCUUGACAGGUACUCAUCUAGCAUGGAGGAAAGGUAGCUUACAUGUUCGACCAGCUCCUAUUUCUGUAACAUAUCUCCCUCCGAUAAAAACUGAUAGUUGGACGGAUGACAAGAUUGAUGACUACGUAAAACUGGUACAUGACAUAUAUGUUGAAAACCUCCCUGAGCCUCAAAAGCCUAUUGCAUCCGAAGACACAAAGAACAGUUCCUCAUCAUAAUUUAUGAUGCCUGUUUCAAAAAAAAUACAUAUAUACAUGCAUAUAUAUAUAUAUAUAUAUAUUCAUAAUAAUCAUGUGUAACUUUGCUAAUUCUCUCUAGCAAUUGCUUGAUCGAGUUCAAUGUGCAAUAGGCUUCAUUGCCAAUGGUCUUACAUGAUUGACAUUAUAAUUUCUUAUUCACCCAGUGUAGCAUUUUGUUUUUGGUGUAUGAAUUGUUUAUUGCAUCAUUAACUUAGAUUGAGAGUUAUUUUCCACUUGGGUUUGAGGUUUUUUUUAAGGUAGGAUUUGGAGCUUUCAGAUAUGGACAUGGGAGUGGUUUAGGGCAGGUUUUCAGUGGAAGCAACUAAAAAAUAUAUGCAUGAAAGUAGAGUAUAAGCCCAAUUUUCUUAACCCUCACUUCUUUGAACUUCUGAUAAUGCAGAUCAUCUACUAAUUUUAAAUACGACAUGAUAAAACAAUACAAAAAUAAUAUAAAAAAAUACAUAAUACAAUUUAAAA